AGGACCCAUCCUCUCUGCUCCCGCCGGGGUAUUGGAGAGAAUAGGAGACCCCUUCUCUGUCCAGGAUGUGGGGGAUCAGAAGCAAAUCAAGGGAGUGCAUUUCCGUGCACAUUGGCCAAGCCGGCCUUCAGAUUGGCAAUGCAUGCUGGGAACUCUUCUGCCUGGAGCAUGGCAUCCAACCGGACGGGAUUCUUUCGGAUCAGUCGAAGGUGGGCAGCUCCGCCGACUCCUUUACUACGUUCUUCAGCGAGAGCAGCAAUGGGAAGCAUGUCCCCCGGGCCAUUCUGGUGGAUUUAGAGACCACAGUGGCAGAUGAGAUCCGGGUUGGCGAAUACCGACACCUGUUUCACCCGGAACAUUUUAUCACAAGCAAGGAGGAUGCGGCCAAUAAUUACGCCCGAGGACACUACACUAUUGGCAAGGAAAUCAUCGACCUUGUGCUGGAUCAGAUACGAAAGCAGACCGAUGCCUGUUCCAGCCUGCAGGGCUUCCUUGUCUUUCACAGUUUCGGAGGCGGAACCGGUUCCGGCUUCACCUCUCUCCUUAUGGAACGGCUGUCCCUGGAUUAUGGAAAAAAGUCCAAGCUGGAGUUUGCCAUCUACCCAGCACCUCGUAUCUCCACGGCAGUGGUGGAACCCUACAACUCCAUCCUGACGACGCACACUACUCUAGAACAUUCAGACUGUGCCUUCAUGGUGGACAACGAGGCCAUUUAUGACCUGUGCCAUCGAAACCUGGACAUUGAGCGCCCCACCUAUAUGGCGCUGAACAGGCUCAUCAGCCAGAUUGUCUCCUCCAUCACGGCCUCCUUGAGGUUUGAUGGUGCCCUCAACGUAGACCUGACGGAGUUCCAAACCAACUUGGUUCCUUACCCGCGCAUUCACUUUCCUCUGGUCACCUACGCCCCUAUCAUCUCGGCAAACAAGGCCUACCAUGAGCAGCUGUCUGUGGCGGAUAUCACCAACGCUUGUUUCGAGCCAUGUAAUCAGAUGGUGAAGUGUGACCCCCGUCACGGGAAGUACAUGGCCUGCUGUAUGCUUUAUCGCGGUGACGUGGUUCCCAAAGAUGUUAACGUGGCCAUUGCCUCUAUAAAGACCAAGAGAACCAUUCAGUUUGUGGAUUGGUGUCCUACUGGAUUCAAGGUGGGCAUCAAUUACCAGCCCCCCACCGUGGUGCCGGGAGGGGAUCUGGCCAAGGUUCAGCGUGCUGUCUGUAUGCUCAGUAACACCACCGUCAUCGCUGAGGCCUGGGCGCGGCUGGAUCACAAGUUUGACUUAAUGUUCGCCAAGCGCGCCUUUGUACACUGGUACGUGGGCGAGGGCAUGGAGGAGGGGGAGUUUUCCGAGGCCCGGGAGGACUUAGCAGCCCUGGAGAAAGAUUAUGAGGAGGUGGGAAUUGACUCGUUCGAGGAGGAAAACGAAGGAGAAGAAUAUUGAGAACCUGGGACUUUCACACUGGGACUUUAUCUUAAAUAAAAAUACCUCAACUGAC